UUAUUUAUUAAUUUUUUUCCUUUCAGAAUAUUUGUUAAUACAACAAUAAUGGUGAUGGAUAAAACAAUGGGAAAGUUUGGUAUAGAGCAUGUGAAUGAAUGCUUGUUGACAAAGUUGAGGGAAACUCAGCAAGCUGUAACAGAUUCUUUAGGACCCUGCAUUGGAGAAUACUACCGACUAAUUAAGAUGUCCCUGGUGCUAAAUUAUGAAUAUAAUAUUAACCACAGUAAUCCUGAGUCAAAGGAGUUCUUGGAUAGAAAAUUCUCAUUGAGACAUUUGAUAAAAACAUCAGUUAAAGAAGUGCAGGCUACCGAUAACAUGUUUGUGUUGGUAAAAGAGUUUAUGCCUGCAGUCAUUGAAAAUAAUCCAGACAAAGAGUUCAUUAAGGCCAACGUAGAGUUACUUGUUAGUCUACCUAAUGAUCCGACAACACUUUUCGAAUGGACUAAGCUCCAUGGCGAACUUGUCACUCAAGAGGAAAUUCUUAAAGUAGACUUAAUAGAGGAUUCACGCGCAGAUGAACCGGAUGAUGGUGAAGAUAGGUUACCAACAACUACAACAAAACCAGUGCCACUACGUUAAAUCUUCCUAGUAACUUAUAAACAUUACAUACUGACAUCACCAGACAAAAGGAAGAAGAAAAAAAAACUCUAUAAAACCUCGGAAAACAAUUUCUUCAUCAGUUAACAAAA